ACUUUGCUUCCUUCAGAUCGUGUUUGUUCUCCGAGUUGCACCUCGCUUACCUUGGUGUUCUUCCUUUUCUGUGCUACAUGUGCAACUGAGAUCCUCUCUGUGCUAUCUCCUGCGCCAGCCGGCGCACCAUUCUGCCGUCUGCAUUGAGAUUGUUCGUCUGAUGUUCCACUUCGUUUGCUCGCCACUAUCCUGGUUGUGGUUCUUAAUACUAGUUUAUUUUGCAGGUUUGAAGAGUUGCUCUGUUUCUGCAUAUGCACCUGCAACUUGCUACUGCCGCUCAAGAAUACAUGCCAAGUUUUCUCUGGAUGAAGAAUACUCCAACAAAAACCAAUCUGAAGACCAGCUGCCUAAGGAGGAAGUGCCAGGCAUGGAAGAGGCCUUUAGCCACUUCUCAUCAGAUUACACUGAGUACGAGAAUUCACAGCCCCGUUGUGAGGUUGGCGAUUGUAUAAUAGAAAACAACCGAUGCUUUAGUUAUCUGUUGUAGAUAGUUUUUCUAUGCCUAUUCCUCUCAGUAAGAUGCGUAAUUUAAGCUUUGUAGGCUUAUUAUGAAAACAAUUUCUUAA